ACAAGAACAUAAUGACGGACGGACGGACGGACGCCAAAAGCCCAAAACCCUGCUCUCUGCUUCUGAGUCUGCCUCAAGCAACUUGUGCCCCACUCCUCUUCCCCUAAUUAUUUCCUCACCAAAUCAAUACCCUACCCACUUCCUUCUCUGCAUAUCAAUUUUCAUUCAUCCAUCAUCGCGCAGAAUCCGCACAACGAUUGACACAGGGAUUCACAGAUGGCUAAGGAAAACAGUUGCUUGACUCGCGUUGCCACCGGCGCUGUAAUUGGCGGAGCUAUCGGCGGUGCCGUCGGUUCAGUGUAUGGGACGUACGAAGCUUUAAGGUUUAAGGUGCCAGGAUUUCUGAAGAUCAGGCACAUUGGACAAAGAACAGUGUCGAGUGCGGCUCUGUUCGGUCUUUUCUUAGGUGCUGGAAGCUUGAUACAUUGUGGGAAGUCAUAUUGAGCUCUUUCCAGUCUUAGAUGAACUAAUUUUGUUCUGUUUACAAAGUUCUGCUUUUGGACACGAAGUUAGAUGUUCUGUUUACAAAGUUCUGCUAAAGAUGUUACUUUUUUUUUUUGAUGUUUCUGCCUUCAACAUUAUAUUGGAAUUGUUUUUCGA